CUCGAGCACAUUGUGCGUAUUUAUUUUAUAGUUUUUCAAUCUGGACAUACAGAGAGAAGUGGUAUAAGAGAGGAUGUGAUGGCUUAUUUUUAUUCUGGGAUUUAACUCCUGUAAUUUGGAUUCCGCGAAACUUGGAUUCAUAGAAGCAAGGAUAUUCUCAAGGUACCAGCAGAGAAAGAGAGGAGCAAGAGGACAACCAUUACUUCAAUGCACAGGGACAAAGACAAGCCUACAUCAAGGACUACACCUUCAAAAAUUCUUCCAAGAUGAGCUCUAGCAAAGCCACUCCCUCUCAAAUCAUCACCAUCUCUCUUUGGAUCCUUCUCUGUGCUCCUCUCUCCUCCGUCUCCUCUUCAUUGCAAGCCAAUACCACCUUCAUGCCUCGCCAAGAGCUGAUAAAGUACAGAAGAGUAAAAGCUCACCUCAAAGGGCUCAACAAGCCACCUCUGAAGACAAUUCAGAGUCCUGAUGGUGAUCUUGUAGACUGUGUUCCUUCUCAUCUCCAGCCAGCAUUUGAUCAUCCAAGACUAAAAGGACAGAAGCCAUUGGAACCACCGAAGAGGCCAAGAAAACAUUUUAUUACCAGUGAAAGUAUUGAGAUUAAGCAAUUAUGGAUGAGCUCAGGGGACUCUUGUCCUGAAGGGACAGUGGCAAUCAGGAGAACCAGAGAAGAAGAAAUUUUGAGAGCUAGCUCCAUUAAAAGAUUUGGGAGAAAGACAGUGCGAAGAGAUUCAGAGAGCGGCGGGCAUGAGCAUGCAGUAGGGUAUGUCAGUGGAGAUCAGUACUAUGGAGCAAAAGCUAGCUUGAAUGUGUGGGCACCAAAAGUUACAGGUGCUUCAGAGUUCAGUUUGUCUCAAAUUUGGGUCAUUUCUGGAUCCUUUGGUGAAGAUCUCAACACCAUUGAAGCUGGAUGGCAGGUUAGCCCUCAGCUUUAUGGAGAUAAUUUCCCAAGGUUCUUCACUUAUUGGACAACUGAUGCAUACCAAGCCACUGGAUGCUAUAAUCUCUUGUGCUCAGGCUUCGUCCAAACUAAUAAUAAGAUCGCCAUUGGAGCUGCUAUCUCCCCAGCUUCAGUUUACAAUGGCGGCCAGUUUGACAUCAGUAUUCUUAUUUGGAAGGAUCCUAAGCAUGGAAACUGGUGGCUAGAGUUUGGUCCAGGCCUACUUGUGGGCUACUGGCCAUCCAUCUUAUUCAGCCGCUUAACAAACCAUGCAAGCAUGGUUCAAUUCGGGGGCGAAAUUGUAAACUCGCAGUCUUCAGGUUCUCAUACAUCGACACAAAUGGGAAGUGGUCAUUUCUCCAGAGAAGGAUUUGGCCGAGCGUCCUACUUUCGUAACUUACAGGUGGUCGACUAUGAUAACAGCUUAGUUCCCGCGACGAAUCUUCAUGUUCUUGCUGAUCAUCCUGAAUGCUAUGAUAUACAAGGAGGGGUUAAUAGUGUUUGGGGGAAUUAUUUCUACUACGGAGGUCCAGGAAGAAAUAUGAAUUGCCCUUGAAAUUAAGUGACCGGAGUUUUAUUAUUGUUGAAACUGAGAAAUGGUUUUGGUCGGUUAUAGAUUCUUCAGGUUUUAUUUACAAGUGUAUGUCUGUCUUCAAUUUUUUUUAUACGUAUCUUUAAGGCCAAUGUAAAUUUUGGGGAAGUGAAGGAAAUAUAUACAAGUGCGUUCUAUGUUA